AUGAGCGCUUUUCCCUUGACCAAAUCCCCGCCUUCCAAGAAGUGUAGGACACGGCAAUCGGGCACAGCAUGGACCCGCUCGGGGUGUUUGACAUGCAAGAAAAGACGCAAGGCAUGUGAUAAAGCAAAACCAAGCUGCAAUAACUGUCUCAAGCAAGGCCGGACGUGCGAAGGCUAUGGCUCUAUGUGGGUAGAACCAUUGGGUCCGUCGGCGCAAGUCUUUUCAAAGUCUGCAUCGCCGUCCGAACCGAAGACUGAGUCAUCAUCUCGAUUGCCUUCGCCGGUACCCUCUGUGUCGUCAGAUGCAUGGCUUGAAACUUGGUCCUCGGGGCAAGUGACACCCUGGAACCGAUCAACUGGAUCAUCCCCCCGAUACCCCAGCCCUACCGGGUCCUAUAUCAACGCAGAAAACCCGGAGGAUGGCUCUAGGGAUCUGGAGAUAUCCACUGAGGUAGUGGUACCUCGUCCUCAGGGGCACAUCAGUCAUCUUUCUGGCAAUGAGACCCACUACCUCCAGUAUCACAUGGAGCAAGGUUCUCGGCUACUAGCAAACCUGGAGAGCGAUGACAAUCCUCUGCGAUCCAUAUUGAUCCCGAGAGCCAUGUCGUCGCCCCUGCUGAUGAAAGCUGUCUGUGCUGUAUCCGCUCUUCAUCUAGCAAACCGUUCCCAUGGCUUUGGUGCACAUACUGCAGCAGUGAACUACUAUAGCGGCACUCUCAGUGGCCUUCGUUCAGUCCUUGGGAACUUUACAACUGGAAUUCUACCCGACGAUGCUAUGCUCGCCGUAGGGCUAUUGUGCAAAUACGAGAUCGUACGUGGCAGCGUGAAGCAAUGGGUCGUUCAUUUGAACGCUUUGCAACGUCUCAUUGUCUCGCGUGGAGGGUUCGCGUCAAUGGAUCGCGAUGCAGCGGAAUUUUUGCGCGGCUUAUUCGUUUAUGCCUAUCAGAUGGCUCGGAUCAGCAAUCGCAACCGCUUCGCUCCGACAGACAUCUCUAUUGACAGUAGCAUCGGCAUUCCAAAACUAGACAUUUAUAUCGGUUAUACCGAACAACUUCUCGAGAUCUGUGCACGCAUUGCGGAGCUUCCCGCGCUAAAGAACAAUACCAUGGCUCUCUACCUCAGCGUGUCCUCUAUAAACGAAUCACUCCUGACGUGGACCCAUACUUCAACGCCAUACAUAAUUCCCCAAGGCACGACAGCAGCCACUCUGACCCGUCUACAGCUCGUGGCUGAAUGUUUCCGCGAUGCAGGCUUCACUUAUCUUCAUUCCACUAUGGAGCGUAUCAGCAGGGAUUCGGAGAUGGAAACAGCAGUUCCAACCGAAAUGUCCCCGGCCGAGGAUUGGACAUCUCUCAUCUCCACGCCCAAACAGCUAGCCAUUCGGCGCUGUCUUGCACGUGUUGAGACAUUCCCGCUCGACGACCACUGCGAGUACUCGGCGCUCACCUUCCCACUCUUCAUCUCUGGCUGCGAGAGCAACGACAUCGCCGAUAGAGAGGUGGUGAUCCGAUCUCUUGAUAAGUUGCAAUACAACUUCGGCAUUGGCAAUGUCAGACGGGCAAAGGAGCUGCUGGGAAUAUUUUGGGCGAGGCGAGAUGCCGAUGCCGGACCAUGCGGUCCUGGCAUGGAUCGGAAACAAGUACAUUGGUUGGAUAUCGUGGAAGAGUUAGGUUGGGAGUUGAUUCUUGCGUGA